UAGCUCGCCGUGAAGCAUCAUGGGAUACAAAAUGUCUCCCGACAGAGUGAGCUAACGCCACUAUACAACAGAUAGAUGUAGAACAUAGACAUAUAAGUUCUGCCCCUUUUCAUCGAUUUUAGGGUCAGUAUAUUCAUGUGAAACAGAAAUCGUCUUGUGUUGUCGGCAUGUCAACGAAAGCAGAGGCGAGAGUAUCCCGAGUGUCCAGCUCCAGCUCCAGGACAGAGGAGAGAAGGAGAUCAAGGAGCAGAGGGAGAGAAAAAGGGAAGCGGAAACGCAGCCGUAGUAGAUCUUCUUCAUCGUCCUCUUCCAGUUCAUCAUCAUCAUCUUCGUCAUCAUCUUCCUCCUCCUCAGCGUCUUCUUCGUCAUCAGGCUCAUCGCACUCAUCCAGUCGCAGUCAGAGUAGCUCGAGCAGCAGCAGCGACUCUCGCAGUAAAUCCAGAAAGCACUCAAAGAAGAGGAAAAAGGAGAAACAACACAAAAAACAGAAAGGAAAGAAAGAGAAGCGACAAAAGCGUAAAAAAGAGAAAAAAGCUAAAGGAGAAGACAAUGCGGGACCUGUACAGAUCUCCAAGUACUUGAAAGAAAGAAAAAAAGGAAAGUACAGCAUGAUUUCAGGGAAGAAAAUAAAGAUGAAGGUAAAGAAGUCAAAGAAAGACAAACAGCGGGAUAAAAAUCGAGCAGAACUUCUUGAAUUCUUGAACUCCACCCUGUGAUGCCACUGAGUUGUGGUGCUUCAAGCUUGAACACAUCAACAGACUCAGGAAACAACAUCUCAUCUUAGCAGAAGAACAAAAUGAAGGGUUCGCUGAAGAAACGAUGAGUAAUAAUAUGACUGGCAUUGAGACACCAGGGCAGCACAGAGCCGGAGACGAAGAAGCUCCAACAGUGACUGGAGAGGAAAUGAUUAAUUUUCAUCCUCUCAGGUGGCCAAUUCUUCCGCCCUAGUCUUAUUUCUUUUGAAAUGUAAAAAUAAGCUUUUUUUGAAAAGUGACAACCAAAUAUUUAUCUGGGGCAAACUAGAUCAGAUGAAAGUGGAAAACGUAUUUAAAAUUGGAUCAGGUUGAACUGCCAAUCUCCUGGGAUUGGAUUUGACGUCCUUUGACGCCCCUUUUAUUCCUCUUCAAAACUAAGAUGUCUAUCUGAACUCUCUUCCAGUGAACACAAUAUGAACCCCCUUCUGUGUCUGCACCUGAUGGGCUCUUGUUAUUCCUUUGAGAUCUGAUCUCUGCUCUCCAGAGGACCACCUGUUAUCAAGAGCAGAGUGAUGAUGUAGACACAGAUCCCUGCAUGUUGUUUGGUGUGCAUUUACACCCACGUAAAAUCAAAAUACAGUUUCAGACAAAUGGAUACAAUCAGAUAACGGUCCAAUCACAAUGACUUUACGCCAUACAUUUCUAUUCAGUCUUACUGCUUUCAUUAAUGUCUUUGGAUGCCGAUCAUUAGGUGUAUGCUGAAGCCAAGACUUGGGUGUGUUAUGCUAGUAGCAAGCAGCUAUUGUAGCAUUAAGCUUCAAUAUGAGAUAUGUACUAGAGAGGCUUGUAAAGCUCACUUAUUUCCACCUACACAAACCCAGCCAACUUGUAGGUUACAAUCCCCGGCUGAUAUUCACUCACAAUCACCUAACUCAGUCUUUUCUACCUGCUGGUCUGUUGUUUUUUUUUGUCAACCUCGCUUGAUUAGGACUGCCCAGACAUUUAUUUUUGUGGAUAACUGAACAUUACUUUUCCAUUGUACAUGUUAGCUAUGGGAACCUCAGUGUUUUUAUUGUGUACUGAUAUCAUAGCUUUUUAUCCGUACUUUUUGUUGUAAAUAUGAGAAUCACAUCAACAUCUUGUUGGAUGGAAACUGUAAAAUCUAUUCUGACAUUUGUCUGAUCUAAAAUCUGUUAAGAAUAUUGUUUAAAUAUUAGUCAUUUUUAUCAUUUUGUGAUACAAAUUGUUUGUCCUCCUGUAUGAAACAAGCUGAUGGCUUUAUAUGGAUGAUGGAGUAAACAUGUGUACUGUUGAACCUUGAAUUUGAUGAUGGAGUGUUUGUUUGCUUGCUUGGUUUCUCUUCAGAUGUCUUCCUGCAAAAGGAGGAAAGCUUUCAGUUUCCUGACAUUGUUGGAUGAUGAAUUCUUGUGCUGUCUCUUGUGUGCCAAUAGGAGAAAACAAAGUGCAGUCUGUGGAGAGACAGUAUGACUCACCCUCUGGAAGAUGUCAAUGUGACCGUAGACUUCUUUCAAUAAAUCACCUCAGGACUA